CGGCCGCCCGCGCCCGCCCCCGGCUCUGCUCGCUCCGCGCCCGCCCGCUCGACCCAUCGCCCGGACACGGCCGCUGCUCCGCGACCGACCGACCGACCGACCCACCGCCCGGGGAGACCUGGCGUUGCCCUCGCCGGCUGCGCAGGGUUAAUCGGCUUGAUCCCUCGGUCGCCUGGACUCGUGGGAAGGAGGAUAACAAUCCAGAUUGCUCUGUGUGUGUGUGUGCGCGCGCGUGUGCGUGUCCUAGCAAUUCUGCAUUGCAACACUUGCUAGUGGAGAAGCGACUGAAAUCCCCUGGAAUUGGGAUAAAAAAAAAAUCAAAAUAUUACCUGAGGUCUCUGGCUUAUUUCUUCUUUUUCGUUUUUAAUAGUCCCUCUCAGCAAAGUGAGAGACAGGGAUCGCAGGCAGGGAAAAGUCCUCAAGGACCCCGUAAUCCUGGAGGAACCCGAACAGGACCCUCGCGCGGACAUGUGCGGCUUUCCUGCGCACUCCUGGAGGCUCGGUACAGCCGAGGGGUUCCUGCCACAGUAGAUCCGGCCCUGGGAAACGGCGCGUCUUAUUCGUCUCUGUGUGGUUACUAACCUUCCCCCAUCCCUCCCCUUCCCUGCUAGCACUCUCUCGCACACAUACUGUCUCUUUGCCUCUUGAGCACACACGCACACCCCUAGAGCUUCGGAAGCAACUCUCUUUUCUGCUAGCAUGGGUCCCCUGGCAUCAUGAACGUUAUUCUCUCUCCUUGGCUGGAAUUCAGACUGCCCGUCUGUAGGUGUUUUGUGCCUUGACCAUGCACCUGAGAAUAGACCCCAGCAUUUGCCCGGGACGCCGCCCCGCCUGGACCCUGUGGAUGUGCUCCCUCUUUUGGGGAUGUAUCGUCAGCUCUGUGUGGAGUUCCUCUAACGUGGCUUCUUCUGCCUCCUCUUCCUCGUCUGUUUCUCAGGCUCAGUAUGAGCAUCACUUCCACGGCAGCAAGCACCACUCUGUGCCUAUCUCUAUCUACCGCUCCCCUGUCUCCCUCCGAGGAGGACACGCUGGUGCCACAUAUAUAUUUGGGAAGAGUGGAGGUCUCAUCCUGUACACCUGGCCAGCUAAUGAUAGACCAAGCACAAGGACAGACCGUCUUGCUGUGGGCUUCAGCACAACCGUGAAGGAUGGCAUCCUUGUUCGGAUUGACAGUGCCCCUGGGCUUGGUGAUUUUCUACAGCUGCACAUAGAGCAAGGCAAGAUUGGUGUAGUCUUCAAUAUUGGCACAGUGGAUAUCUCUAUUAAAGAGGAAAGCACACCUGUAAAUGAUGGCAAAUACCACGUAGUACGCUUUACCAGGAAUGGUGGCAAUGCCACCCUUCAGGUUGACAGCUGGCCAGUGAAUGAACACUACCCCACAGGCAACACUGAUAGUGAACGGUUCCAAAUGGUAAAACAGAAAAUCCCCUUCAAAUAUAACCGGCCUGUAGAGGAGUGGCUGCAGGAAAAAGGACGACAGUUAACGAUCUUCAACACCCAGGCGCAAAUAGCCAUAGGAGGGAAGGACAGAGGGCGUCUCUUUCAAGGCCAGCUCUCCGGUCUCUAUUACAAUGGCUUGAAAGUGCUGAACAUGGCAGCGGAGAACAACCCCAACAUUAAAAUCAAUGGAAGUGUCCGACUCGUUGGGGAAGUCCCAUCCAUCCUGGGAACAACACCCACAACCUCUGUGCCACCGGAAAUGUCUACUACAGUCAUGGAAACCACAACUACGAUGGCGACCACUACGACCCGAAAAAAUCGUUCACCGCCCAGCAUCCAGACUACAGAUGACAUUGUUUCAUCAGCUGAAUGUUCCAGUGACGAUGAAGAUUUCAUUGACUGUGAACCCAGUACAGGUAAGUCAGGAGGUGAAUUAGUUAUCCCUCUACUUGUAGAAGACCCUUUAGAUAUCCCUCCUAUUGCUACUCGUGCACCUUUCAUUACACUUCCCCCUACCUUUCGCCCCCUCCUCACCAUUAUUGAGACCACCAAAGAUUCCCUGUCCAUGACCUCUGAGGCGGGGUUACCUUGCUUGUCGGACCAAGGCAGCGAUGGUUGUGAUGAUGAUGGCUUGGUGAUAUCUGGGUAUGGCUCAGGGGAAACCUUUGACUCUAACCUACCCCCUACUGAUGAUGAAGAUUUUUACACCACCUUCUCCUUGGUAACAGAUAAGAGUCUUUCCACUUCCAUCUUCGAAGGUGGCUACAAAGCACACGCACCCAAGUGGGAAUCCAAGGACUUUAGACCUAACAAAGUCUCCGAAACUGGUAGGACUACUACCACGUCUUUGUCCCCUGAGCUGAUCCGCUCCACAGCUUCGUCCUCGACUGGGAUGGUGCCCAAAUUGCCAGCCGGCAAAAUGAAUAACCGUGAGCUCAAACCCCAGCCUGACAUAGUCUUGCUUCCGUUGCCCACUGCCUAUGAGCUAGACAGCACAAAGCUGAAGAGCCCGCUAAUCACUUCCCCCAUGUUCCGUAAUGUGCCCACAGCAAACCCCACGGAGCCGGGAAUCAGACGGGUUCCGGGGGCCUCAGAGGUGGUCCGCGAGUCGAGCAGCACAACGGGGAUGGUCGUCGGCAUUGUGGCUGCUGCCGCCCUCUGCAUCCUCAUCCUCCUGUAUGCCAUGUACAAGUACAGGAACAGGGACGAGGGGUCCUAUCAGGUGGACGAGACGCGGAACUACAUCAGCAACUCAGCCCAGAGCAACGGCACGCUCGUGAAGGAGAAGCAGCAGAGCUCAAAGAGCGGCCACAAGAAGCAGAAAAACAAGGACAAAGAGUAUUAUGUGUAAAAAAGAAUACUUAUUUAUAUAUAAAUAUAUAAAUACUUAAUGAGAUUUAACUGAAAUAUCAGAACCAUUGCAGCGAACGAGAUGAUUGGGAGAUAUCGUUUGUGGGAAAAAGUAUUGGGAAAAAAUUUCAGCAGUGACUGUUAAUGUCUCAGUCAUCGCUUGGAGUCAGCAAACUUUGCCCUAAUGUAUUAUAAAGCACACUUAGCGUUCUGGAGAUGGCGCGCACAGCUCUGCUCUGUUAGUGAACUUGGACAUCUCCAAAUCUCCUCCUCCGCUGAACUUUCUGCAAAAGUAGAAGACUUCAUGGCUUACUUGUUUCAUAUCUCCAAGUGAGUCUUUAACAAUGUUCGUGAUCCCUGACUGUAUCGAUAAUUUUUCAGUUUACUUAUUAAAAAAAAAAAAAAAGAAAAGGAAAGAAAAAUAAAAAAAAUACAACCAUUAUUAAACAACAAAGAAAUAUUGAACAAAAUUAUCUGGCCGUGUCCAGCAUACAUAUAAUUUUUCGAGAUUGGAGGAGGGGAAUAAAUGAUUUUGGAGAUUGUUGGAUUUUUGGUUUGGUUUGGUUUUGUUUCUUGGGUUACUUAUUGUUUGGUUUUCUUGGUUACUUUUGGGUGUGGGAGGGAAGAAUGGAGUGGAAUGGUGCAGGGGGUGAACUAGGGCAUAUGUUGAGAAGAAAUCUCGGAAAAAAAAGCCCCCUAAUAAAUAAAGAGAGACUAUUGCCAUAUAUGAACUCAAAAGCUACCCAUGGUGUUUACUCUGCAUAUCUGGUUGUGUUGUCUCUAGAAUCUGUGGUCUUGCAGUAAGUUGUUUGCUAACAACGCAGUGAAAGUGACUCAUGGGUGGUGCUGAAGAAAAUUAUCAUGGAAAGCUGGUUCCCUUGGAUGUGGCUCUAGUAUUUGCAAUUGAACUAAAGAGUAUAUGUAUUUGGGUCUGUUCUGAUCAGUCAUUGGCUUUGAGUACCGCACUUAGUAUGCAUUAGCACAACCAAAGUAUGUUUAACAGGAUUUGAAGAUUCAAAAAGGAAUACAUAAAAGUUAUUAACUAUUCUGAGCUGAAUAUAUUGUGCAAAAAUAAAGGAGCCUUCCUCUGGGUUCUGGUUCUGUGACAUUGCAAUGUAUGCAAAAAAUAAUGAUAAAUCAGUUUCAUAAAGAGAUCAGAAAGACACCACUGGAGUUCAACUUGUGACAAGACCAAUAAAUGUCAGAAAAGCUAAACAAUUGUAAAAGAAUGCAAAACACAUAGAUUUUUUGACAUAUAACUGGUUUUCAUAUGUAAUGUUUUAAUUUUGUAGCUUGACAUUUCAGAUCAUCUCUGUCUUUCCAUUUGCCCUAUUCUCCCUUUUCCUCCUCUUUUAUAUAAAAGAAAAUAAAUGAAGCUGCUGUGACACACAGAAAAAAAAAAAAGAAAAGUUAAUUUAAUAAUAUAAUAUAUAUAUAUACACACAGAUAUAUUUAUCAUGGUAUGUUUGAUGGGACGACUGGAACAGAAGUUCUGUUAUGGUCUUAAUGUGGAAUGAGAAUGUUCUUGAAGAACAGAGUAAAAAGAAACAGACAACAAAAGCAAACCUUAAAAUGUGAAGUGUGUGUUUUAGCUUUGUCACAGUUACCUGUGUCAAAAAAAAAUCUGAAAUUUUGUUUACAUAUUUUACUACUAUUUUUUUGCUAGUAUAAUUUCUAUAUGGAUACCCUGAUGGUGUAUAUACUGUUUUAUGGUUAAAUUGGGAAUUUCUUUUAUUUUAUUUAACUUAUUUAAUUUCAUUGUUUGGUUUCUACAUUUUCCCAGUUAUUGUGAAAAGGAUUAUCUUACUGUACAGAACAAUAGUGAGGUGGUUUGACGGCCAUGCCUACCAUGAUCAAAAAAGCAAAUAAGAGAGAGAGAGAGACAGACAGAAAAAACAACAAAAACCAAGAAGGAUUGAGAACUCUGGAAUAUCAGAAAUGUACACUUUUGCUGUAUGCGGUUGAAAACUAAUCAGCUGUUUAGGUUUAGAAAUCUACUCUUGCUGGUGUUUAUAAGUCGCAUGAAUAUUUGACUCUGAAGAAGUGUCAUCAGAUACACACACGCACAUGGGAACUUAAAUUCAAAAAAACAGUCUUCUCAAACAUUUAGAGAAGAUACUUUCAUGUUAACAAAUAUUUUCAGUGCGUGUAUGUGUGCGUGUGUGUGGUGCGUGUGCGUGUGUGUGAGGUUGAGCUUUUUUUCUUUUUUAUUUUUUAUACUAAAAAGAAAAAAAAAGACAGGUUUUAAAAAGGUAUGAAAGCACGAUUUUAGAUGACUUAACUGGCCGAAACUAUAUAAAGUUGAUUAUAUCUUGAUGUCUGUAAAAGAUUGCUGUUCUUGGAGUCUUGGAGUCUUGUGAAAUGAUUUCCUGCUUUCUUUCUUCCUUUCCUUUUCACUUUCCUUUUUUAAGUUAAAGAAAAAAUAUUUACACUUUCCUUUUUUGUGUAAGUUUCUAUUGGACAGUUUUUGGGAACAUGUGCAUUUCUGUAUGUGGGCUUCUACCAUAUCCCUGUUGCUUUAUGGACAACCUGAAGAAUUUUUAUUUGAGUUUUUGUGAUGUUAUUGCUUUUUUCUCUUUCUUUUUCUUCUUCCUUUUUGAUUCUUUUUCUUUUCUUAGUUGCAUUUUGUUUAAAGAUAUGCUUAGCAAUAAAAUGUUCUUCCCAAA